AAGCAAACUCUCUGCUUUCUCAACCAGAUCACAACAUACAAUGGCUGCAGUGUUCUGGGCUUUGGCUUUGGUAAGCCUCUGUGGCCAGCUACCUUCCAAUGCCCAAGCACCUGCAACUGCGCCGGCAAACUCACCACCUACAACCCCAGCUGCAACAUCACCAUCUUCCGGCACGCCACUGGCGGUAACACUACCACCAACAGUGGUGGCAUCCCCUCCCACCACAAGUACACCACCAACUACAUCCCAGCCACCUGCAAUUGUAGCUCCCAAACCCGCACCUGUGACACCACCAGCUCCAAAAGUUGCACCUGCUUCAAGCCCAAAAGCCCCACCACCCCAAACUCCACAACCACAACCACCAAAAGUAUCACCAGUUGUAACUCCCACAUCGCCACCCCCGAUACCUCCACCACCCGUUUCUACGCCACCGCCAUUGCCACCACCAAAGAUAGCUCCAACACCAGCCAAAACACCCCCUGCACCUGCACCAGCAAAGGCAACACCAGCACCCGCUCCUGCACCUACAAAGCCAGCACCAACUCCAGCUCCUGUUCCUCCACCACCAACAUUGGCACCAACGCCGGUAGUAGAGGUACCAGCACCGGCGCCAUCGUCACAUAAGCAUAGAAGGCACAGGCACAGGCACAGGAGGCAUCAGGCACCAGCUCCAGCACCAACAAUUGUUCGCAAAAGUCCCCCGGCACCACCUGAUUCCACAGCAGAAUCAGACACAACACCAGCACCAUCACCAAGUCUGAAUUUGAAUGCUGCAUCGUCAAACCACCAGCAAGGGAGAAAUAUAUGGGCAACAGCUGCACUUGCUAUUGCUGUUUUGCUAGCCGUCACCGGCUACAGCUGCUAGCAGUCUCAUGGUGACCAUGGAUUCACUUUAAUGAGUUAUUUGGUUUGCAAAAUAUAUAAUCAUUUUAUGUGUAUAGAUCUGAUAAUGAGAAUCUAUACCUAUGAUUCUUUCCUUUUUUUGUUGUGAUCUUUGCUCAGAAAUAUUAAUGGAUACGAUUUUUUGAAUUAUGGAAAUAAUCAUCUGUCAAAUCAAAUGUCUCUAGUUUUAUAAGUUAUUGCAUCAAAGUUGAUCA